UUUGCCAUGGCCAAAUACGACAGUUUGAUGACUCCCUGCUGUGUGUUCCAGAGGGGUCGAGCCAAGAAGAAUAAGGGGAACCCACUGUAGGACAUGGAUGACAACUGAGAAGCCUUUUUCAAGUUAAGAGUGUAAUAUUCCUCCUGACACUGCCUGAUGAUCAUGCUCAUCUUUCAAUUUCCAGGGGCAGCUGUCAUUCAUUCCAAGACUUCUCCAUCCUUCCGAACUGGCAAAGCCAAGUUCUUCUUGUACUCCCUGCCGGUGAUGGAUUACAUGAGGUCCCCUGAGCUUAUUCUGGAGCCAGACAAUCAUCCUGGAAACUGCUGGCCCUUCCCAGGAAGUCAGGGACACGUGUUCAUCAAGCUGUCCAUGCCAGUCAUUCCCAGAGCCAUCACCAUGGCCCAUGUCUCAGGGACAGCAUUCCAUGGAGAAAGCAUCUCCGGAGCUCCAAAGGACUUUGCUGUCUAUGGCUUCAAGGAAGAACACGAGGAGCAUGGAACGUUCCUGGGACAGUUCACUUUCCUGGCAGCACUGAAUCCCAGUCAGACCUUCCAGCUGAAGAACGAGCUCCCUGGGGUCGUGAAUUACAUCAGGCUGCAAGUGCUGAGCAACUGGGGCCACCCGGACUACACCUGCCUGUAUCGGUUCAGGGUGCACGGUGAUCCGCCCAAAGACGGGGGAGACACGGCAGUUUCACCUGUCAAUAAAUUCCAUUAAUGUUCACCCAGUUGAGUUCCCGUCUGCUUUGCCUGUGAUGCUGCCUGGUCCUCUCUGAGCUCACUGGAGCUCCCCGUCUUUCUCUAAACCACCAGCUUAUGGGAGACUUCAGGAGUCCACAGCAAGAUUGUCCUAAUUAAAAGAAACAGGAAAACUCAGUCACAAAUCUGCAGAAAGCCUGACAUCCACACUCUUGCUGUGACACAGGAACAUCAGCAAGGCCCUGCCCGGACACCAGAGAUUAAAUUAAUGGACAGUUUUCCUAUGCAAGAAGCAACUAAGGAUCGAC